AUGAAUAAUUUACUCACUAGUAUACCAAAGAUUGGUAUAAUUGGACUAAUCCCGCCUAUUACAACUUCUACAUAUAACUUCUUGGUAUGUGCAUUGGAGAAUGGGUUGUCUGUUGCGCCUUUCCCACAAUUUUCAGUUAAUCAUCUUGAAGAGUGGAAGAUAAUAUCUUCAAAGGCCAAAAUAUCAACGAUAAUUGGUAUAAAUGAUCAGUACCAUCAAUUGAAAACCAUAGCUAAUACGUUUGGCAUAUCUGGCAAUGUUAUCUUAUCAUCAGAAAUAGUGUCAUUAGCCAAUUACGAGAGUUUUUUAAAAGCUGGUCAAUUUUACAUUUCGAAUUUGAUUAAAAUACGACAAUGUGCAAGGGAUAUAACAAAUAUUAAGGGACAAAUUAUCUACUAUAGCAAUAAUCGCAAUUUCACAACCAUCGACACGACUUUAUUGGAAUCUCUUGAAAGACAUGUGAUAGAUUCCAUACUGAAACACUGUAAAAUAGAAAAAAAUGACACUAUCAUAUGCUGCUCAAAUUCGCAUUUAUCCUAUGUACUUAUGUUACUGCUCAAUAAAUUGACACGUUGCAGACUUAGAUUCAUAAACGAUUGUUCAAUAAAUAAGGAUUGUCUACAGGAUAAUGUAAAAAUUAAAGAUAGCAAUAAAUCCUUUGAGAUUUGGCAGAUGAUAAAUGAAAUUUCUGGGAAUGUGAUUAUUUUGCUAAACAAUUCACUUCUACUUGAAUUGGAAAAAACAUAUAAUGUUAAUUUCUCAGGAUCUGCCAAUAAAAUCUCAUGUAUAUUGAAUGUUGACAAGCUAAGCUUUGAAGACGGAUAUUACUCUGAUGUGUUUUCUAAUGCUAUAAUGCCAAGCAUUUUAGAAUUUCCCCUAUUUGACAGGAACCCAAUUACAGUUGGGCCAUUUAAAUCGCCUUUUGUUAGAAAAAAAGAUUUGAUGAAGGCACGUCCCGAGGGAUUUGUUAAAAGAGUUCCCAUACAAGGGAAGAGAUGGGGGAAUUUUACUGGCAGGAACAGGAAUUGGACUUUACUUUUCAAAUGA